AGGUUUCCUGUCAGUUCGGCUCCGGUUCCGCUGGUCCCGGUUCUGUUCCUCAGCUCGUCUCGGAGCCCUGCGGAUGUUCCCUGUCCCGGGGCUCCCCCCGCGCCCCCCCCCGCCCCGUUCCGUGCUGCAGGACGGACCCCCCGCCCCCUCCCCCGGGACCCCCCAGCGCCUCCUCGUCCCCCGCCGGGUCCGGCAGUUCUCGGUGCUGCAGGCCCGCUCGGAUGAGGAGGGGGCGGCCGGGCUGAAAUCCCUGCGGGCUGAAGGAGGAGGAGGAGGGAGGACGAUGGGGGGCAACACGAGUGAGGAGACCCCCGGGAUGGGGGCGGGGGGCGGCUCAGCUGCAGCGGGGGGGCUCCUCCUGCGCCGUGUCCCGACCCCCAACACCUACAUGGACGACCCCUUCAGGCAGCCCCCCACAUCCACGGCCCCCCGGCCCCGCUGCUCCAACACCGAGAGGAGGGAGAGCUCGCAGCUCAGGAGACCCCCAUCUGCAGGGCCUGGAGGCAGCACCGUGUCCCUGCAUGGAGGUGAGGAGGGGGCUGCAGCACAGCAGAGAUGGGGGAUGGAUGGUCGGCUGCAGCCCCCACCUCCAGGAAGCCGGACAUGUGGUUGA